UACAGCCACCUGCUGGCCCGUUGUGGAACGCUCCUGCAUGUACUCGACUCCUAAAGGGUUAAUCAGCCAUUUGCUCCUGCUCUAUUAUCCGCCCGGUUCCGAGGAUGUGGUAGAACGGUCUGUGUUGUUCGUGCUUUUGCGAGUGUGCAGCUCCCUCCGUCAUGUGCAGCUGUUCACGGCCAGUCCAGCACUCCGGAGGGAGCUUUGUGCAGCGUGUGUCGUUUCAGUUUCCUUUUAUAAUUAAGAAAACACUGAAUCGGAUGAUGUCGUGUGCUCCUAUGUUACAUUUCUAUAUCUUCACUACUACACGAUCUUUUAAUAUCGUUUAGACGGAAAUAAAGUGCAAACGUGAGUCACGUGCACCAAUAGCAGCGUGGAUAGUGUGCUUGUAGAGUAAUUGACAGAAGCAUAAAAGCGGACGGUCAGUUUGUUUGUCAGACUCCGAGGUUGUGUUUUUGCGCUUCAUGUCCAGCAGAACAAACACAACACUGACACUCCCGCAUUACAGGGGGAUGACUGUAGAGUGCGCAGGGCCAAAUCGGUGUGUGACUAAUUGAACAAGUAUGAUGGAACGCUGGGACACUGACCAACCUGUAAACAUCACCAAACCUCAGCGCUGUAGAAAAAUGUUUUUGGAUUAUUUGGAACUGGAGCAACACAAUCGGCAGAAAUUGAAAUCUGAAGACGGGGGAAUUGGGGCUGAAAUUUGACAGGAUUGGGGCUGUUUAAUUAAAAUGAAAAUGAGGGUAGGCAUAACCAAGUAUUAGGCAAGAAAUGACACAGACGACUAAUUUAUGUCUGGAGACCUUUUCAAGAUGUUUUUUUUUUCAGGGCUGUUGAACGCACGUCACUAGGAGUGUAUGGGUAAAUAAUCUAGCGAUUAUUAUGAUGUCAUUUCCCUCACCCACCCACUCAUAUUUAUACCAGUUCUGCCUCCUGGACUACAAUUGGCUAGCGGUUCUUACUCACCAGCAUUUACAUGGCAAUUAUGGGACUUGAUACGUAUGACACAUUGGUCAUCCCGAGUAAUCACUCCUUUCACUGGUUGUGUUCUUCAGUGACAGCUGAGUAAUCUGGCUGUUCCGUGUGUUUUAUGUGUUUUUAUGAACUGCUGCUUGUGCUGCGUCACAGGGCGGCUUGACACCAUCCAUCUUCAUCCGCUUACUCCUUUUUCAGGGUCACGGGGAACCUGGAGCCUAUCCCAGGGAGCAUCGGGCACAAGGCGGGGUACAUCGCAGGGCACAAUCACAUACACACUCAUCCAUACACUUUGGACAAUCAGCCUACCUAUGCAUGUCUUUGGACUGUGGGAGGAAACCCCGGAGCACGGGGAGAACAUGCAUGGUAGGCUGAUCCAAAAUGUAUGGAUGGGUGUGUGAGUGAUUGUGCCCCAGCGGGACUCGAACCCUGGACGUGUGAGGCGAACGUGAUAACCACUAAGCCACCGUGCGCACGGCUUGACACGCUCUGAGGAAAUUGCUCUGCCCUCUUCCUCAUACGCGAGCUCAGAGAUGUUCAGCGUUGGUCCCUCUGACUGACAGGGGAAAGAGUAUAGUCAUACUAUGGAGAGGACAAAACUCAAAUUUUCUCUUCAUCCAUAUUGAGAAAAAUGACACUUCACAGCAAAGACUGUUUGGUAAUUUGACUAGCUGAUGUCGAUGAUGAGGAAUGGACCAAUUUGCUAGACCAACAUGCGAGUUAAAGAUCCAAAGUGUUGCCCAGUCCCGUGUUUUGGGUGCAGGAAAAUGUAUCUAGACUGAAAAAUGCUAGCUAACACAAUGUAAUAAGGUCUAGUGGGUGCGUCUCAAUCAGCUCCCUAGUUCAGCAGUCAGAGCACCGAUCAGGGAGUCAGCCAUUUUAAGGGCCGUCUCAAUGGCAAUAUGGUUCCAGUGGACUGGAACCCACAAUGCACCGCAAAAAACCAGGGAGCAUCGAUGCUCCAUGCGUUCUCUUACUGGAAAUGACGUCACGUUUUCUGAAGCCUUUCAGCUCGAAAAUAUGGCGAACGAACUCUCAGCCAACUUUGUCUACAAACGUAACCCGCUUGUUAUCAUUGUUGUAGCUCCCAAAUGAUUACUUACAUUAGCGACUUUUAACUUUAUUUGACGUUCUGUAUGCAGUUUGUUUGAGUCUAACGAUUUUGUAGUGUUUAAUUAUUUAAAAUAAUCCACUAGCUAGCCCAUAGUCCUGCUCGAAGUACCAUAACAUAAACAAAUGUAUAUGACGUAUAAUCUCAGAAAGAUGUCGCUCCUGCCUGUCGUUGAUAAAUGCUUGCGGUGUCGUUUCACAGCGCGAGUACGUAGUCAUGUCGCCGGAAAUUGAGUCAUCAGUGUCCCAAUGCAUAAUGAACCAGGGUCUUUAACAGUGCCUGAUAUACUGAUUCAGCACCUAGGGAGCUGAUUGAGACGCACCCAGUGAGCUAGUUAGCUACUUAAAUCAGUCCGUACAGGAUUUCGCAGAGUUUUUUUUCCGAUUGUUCUGGCCUAAAAUGCUCGAUUUUUCAGCAUUACAUCCCCGCUUAAAUGUCCGAUGCAACUUUGGUACCUUUUUUUUGCGCAAACCUACUUGGAUUGCCGAAAUAGCAAUUGCACGGUGUUUCACAGUGAUGUUUGGUAAAUGAGACCUGUUAGCUGUACUCAUGUUCGUCACAAAUGAAUCGAAGAGGGUCUUGUCCUAAUGCGUGUUGUGACGACGUCACACCUCGUCUCAAAUCUGCGGUAAUUGCGGCUUGAUUUCUCGAAAUCCUUGAGGGACCGUUAAGUGCAUUCACACACUCUAAGGAAGACGAACGAGGACAUGAUAUUUCCCUGCAAAGCGUUGACUGUGUAGUCAUAGGCCUCACCCUGUCCUGAAGUUUUUGACAUAGUACAUUAUAUUUGUGAUCGUAAUCGUCAACAAGUUGUUUGUGAGCGUUUUGGCCGUGAGAUUUUAUUAUUGUCUGACCGGCAUAUUUGUUUUGUCUGGCUUUGUUGAACUGUGAGGGGUGACGUUUGGUUUGUGUUGCGCUAGCAGGAGAGUUAUGAUGGCUUUGCGUCCGCUUUAGUCUGUGUUUACAUUUCUGUGUUUUCCUGAUUCUGAAAAGAUCGCCAUCCUUGCACACUAACGAAUCUGCCAUGUAAGAAACAACAACUUUGAACUGUCAGCAAGACCACUCCUCUGCCGCUGUUUGUAGUGCAGCAGGCGGUGGGAUUCGGAAACAUGUGCUAUAGUUCUAGCUUUAUGGUUAGAAACCUCAGUAAGAAGUAUGGUUUAUUUCCUUUUUCUGGUUGUUGAACCUACCGGUGUGCCAGGCGACUAUGAAUAAAAACGAACAGCUCGUACAUGAAAUCUGCUUGUCCCAGGUGGCUGUGUUACUGAUUUAUCCACCACUACAGCUUCAGGAGACAGUGAAAAGAAAAUUGGACAGUGCUCAAUGCAGAUCUCCUUUAAACGGUGACCAGAAUGGGAUCUGUGAUGGAAGUUACUCUCCCACCACAAAGAGACUGCAUAAGGAGGGUAACAGUGGGCUGGACUCUCUGGGCACUUUGCCCAACAGUGUACCCCCAAUCUCUCCACUUCACCAAAUGGACAUCAAGCCUACAUUACCUACAGGCAAUAACACAACGUCUAAUAAUGCAAUGGGUAAUGGUAAUGCCGGGACAAAUCAUAUUACAGGCCGGGCAGAGGACUUGGGUAAGAAUGGUGGCAUGCCAGACAUUAAACUGAACGGAUCUUUGGAUCUGGAUGAUGGUUUUAGCCUUCUAAAGGACAUGAAACAAGAGCCUCUGGACGACGCAACAGGGAUCGAAUCUUCGGACACCUCACUGUCCAAUCAGAACAAGUUGUUCUCUGACAUCAACCUGAAUGAUCAGGAGUGGCAGGAGCUGAUUGACGAGCUGGCGAACACGGUUCCUGAAGACGACAUGCAUGACCUCUUCAAUGAAGAUUUUGAGGAGAAGAAGGAGGUUGGUGAUUUCAGCCGGCCCACAACAGAACAAACGCAGAAUCUGCAAGAGCCUGUACCUCCUCCAGUCGCCACAGCGCCCAACAACCCAUCACAGACCCAGGGUGGGCAGAUGGGCUCUCCGCAAGUUCGCCCAGCUUCUUCUGGACCACCAUUUGCCACUGCCGCCAACGGCACACCACCCCAACAACCCUUGCAGCAGUCUCCAGCAGUUGCUAUGGCAUCAGGGUCUCCUGCUAGCUGCAUUGCUCGUUCGCCCCAAACACCCACACAAGCCCAGACACAGACCGCCAGACCUGGGAAUGGAUUUAUGAUGAAUCCUGGUCCUGGUGUGGGUCCCCCAGGGUCAACACCGGUAGCGCCAGUAGGUCCUGGAGCAGGAACAGGAAGUGGACCAGUCCCGGGUCCUGUUCCACCAACCACUGAACUCUCACCGGCUGAACAGCUAAAGCAGAUGGCAGCACAACAACAGCAACGUGCCAAGCUCAUUCAGCAAAAACAGCAGUCGCAGGCAGCUAGCUGGUCCCCUGCAGGAGCACCAACAAGCCCUUACGGUGGUCCCUUCAACCCUGACAAACCAAAUAGCCCCAUGAUGUACCCACAAGGCUUCAAUGCCCCCAACUCGAUGGUGCCCAAACCCGGCAUGAACAACUACCUCCCACAAAACCAUAUGAACAUGAUGAACCAGCAACAGCAGCAGCAACAAUCUGCCAACAUGGCUGCCCAGAAUGCCUUGAAUAAGCAGCUGUCUUACAACAACACCAAACCAUUGAGUCAUUUCAGCGGUGUCGACCACAUGAGUCAGCGAAUGACCCCACCAAUGGCCAAUCAGGUCAAAAAUCCCAUGAUGCCCUAUAUGCAGGGGACAGGGGGACAGGGUGGGGGGCCACCCCCUUCUCAAGGUCCCAUGCCUGGUCAGACAGCGCAUCUGACUGAAGAGCAGAAAAGGAUGUUGAUGAUGAAGCAGAAGGUGCUUGGUCAGGGUUUGCCAUACAGUACGAUGCAGCAACAUGCACAGGAGCAGGGCAUGGUCGGGUUGCCACGCCAGGCCGCAGGCAUCCAACCCCCUCACGGAGGUCCGGGAGCUGUGCCCUCGGCCGGACCUAACGGGGCGGGGCCAGGUGGUUACCUGGGCAACCAGCAGCAGCAGCAAGCAGCCAUGAUGAAGCAGAUGAUGGCUAUGGAGCAGGAGAAGAGAGUUCAGCUUCAUCUGAUGGAGCAGCAGAAAGUUCAGCUCCUGCGGGAACAGAGACAGCAGCACCACCACUUACUGGCGGAGCAGUUACAGCAGCAGCAGCAGCAGCAGCAUCUCCCAAGGCAGAUGAGUCAAGCACAGAGAAACCCGUAUCCUCUCCAACAGUUUCAGGGCACACAGCAGGAGAUGGCAGCAAGGAACCAGGCGCUUCAGAGCAUGAGGAACGCCCGCCUCCUACAGCAGCAACAGCAGCAGAACCAAGGCAUGCUACAGAUGGCACCAGUUCAAAACCCUGGUCCCAUGCCCACUCAGGGCGAGAUGGGCAUGGCCUAUGGAAGCCAGGCAGGAACACAGGCAGCCAUGUACCAGGGCAUGAAUUCGGGAAUGGGUCAGAUGCUCCAGCCGCAGCAUCACCCCAACCAGGCUAGCAUGGCCAUGGCACAGAGACCUGCAGGCACGGGGGGACAGGGAAUUGUGGGAGGAGGAGCUGGAAGCGGAUAUGGACAGGGUAUGAUGAUGAACCCUGCCCUCUCUCAACAGCAGAUGAAGCCAGCUGGGCAGCCAAUGGUCAAAGCCCAGGCUCAAAGACUGCAAAGCAUGAUGGGAGGUGGAGGUCAGGGAUGGCCCCAGCAGCAGAAUAUGCAGGCCAUGAGUGGAAGGACUACAAACGACAUGGUGGCGUUUAACAGUAACCCUGCAUACGCCAUGCAAGGUGGGCAGCCACCAAGGAUGCCCAAGCAGCAUUUCAGCCAAGGGAUGGGUGGCCAGGGCAUGGUAGACCCACGAGCCAUAAACCCAGCAAGCAUGGGCGGACCCAUGAUGCCUCACAUGGCAGGCCAACCAAGGACCAAUCAACCGCGUGGAAUGGCAAUGUCGGGUAUGGGUCAGGCCGUGCCCAACAUGGCUGCUUUUGGACAGGGUUCCACGCAGGCCAUGGCAGGGGCCGGACCAGGUGGAGGGGCCUAUAUGCCAAGCGGGCAGACACAAGGCUACCAACGGACACCAAGCCAAGACUUGGCUUACAGUUAUGUUGGCCAGUCAGGGACCGGAAGUGGGGUCCCGUUUGGCCUGUCAGACAGUGCAGAGCUGGACUCGACGGACGGUUGGAUGGAGGAAUUUUUCCCCAGCCAAUAGCCAAUGUGGAAAAUGUUUUGGGGGUGGGGGUUCCUUUGGGAUGGGCCAGAAAAGUGUUGUUUUUUUGUUUUUGUUUUUGAAAAAGAAAAAUGAAAAUCAUUUCUAGACGGUGUGUUCGUUCUUGGUUUUGUUUCAAAAAGUUUUGUUUAUUGUUUCCAUUUAAUAUAAUGGGGAGAUUAUUACAUGUUGUGUAUUGUAUGUGUGAUGUCACUAUAUUUAAACCAACAAUCUCUAAGAUCCGAUUCUAGCUAGAAGCCAAGUCUCUUUAGACUUCGUCCUGCGCCCUUCAUCAUCUUUUCUUCGUCAUCUUUUCCAGACUUUUCUAGGGACGACACAGUGUAAAACCUAAAUUACUUGUGAAAUAGAAAGAUUUUUGCCCAGUGUUUAGAUCAGAUGUUGGUUUUGCUCUCAACUCUGUCUGUUUAGUCAAUAAUUAAUUCUGAAGUGUGUGUGUGUGUGUGUGUGUGUGUGAAAGAGAGAGAGUGAGAGAGAGAGAGAUUUGUAAAAAAAUAAAAUAAAAUAAUUAAAAAUACAACAGCACCAUCACCUCACCAUUAAAUCCCUUUGCUCUGAUAGUGAUUCAAAGAGCCAGCAGUUCCACUUUCCCUGCGUUCUUUCUGCAAACAUCACAGCGAAACACCUCGCAGUCUUUACUCUCAGCACAUGCAUCACCAGUGUUUGUGUGCUUUAUCUAAUCGAAGAGACUUGGCAGCUACAAAUUUGUCUCUCCACCUAAAAUAUGAAGGCUGGAGGACAUUAUGUUUUCUCAUAUGGCAGCUAGGAACACAAGCAUAGCGUCGUCUCCCACAUGGGCCAGAAACUCACAGUCCUCUUUAGCAACGUGCAGCCAAACACAAAUUUCAGAUCCAACCUUCGAAUGCAACAGCUUCCACAAGUGACUUGUGGCAGUUCAGGCUUUCACAUAGCAAUGGGAAAACAGGAAUGAUCACUUGUCUGUUCGCUUUCUAUGUUCAGGAGAAAAAAAAAAAUACAUGACGAAUCAUUUGACAUAACUAAAGAUCAUUUCUUUCCUAUUAUUCAUUUACCAGAUGCUUUUAUUCAAAGCCUAAAGCUGAGCAGUCGAGGACUAAGAGCUUGGGUAGUACUUUUCUUCUGAUCAACUGUAAUCUGAUGUUAUGUAUCAGAUAAAAAUUUUCACACCCUUGAAUUGAAUUGUUCAUGUAAAACAGGUUCUUGAUGUGUUGUGUUUGUUCUAUCGGGUUUGACACAGCGUCACUGCCUGCCUUCAUUCCAAGCAAAAAGCCAUCAGUUACUGUCAGUACAUACUUUAUGGCCAACCUGGGAAGGGAGAAAAGAUUGUUUGGAGAAGACGCGGUGCAUGAAGGCUACAUUCAUAAAACUUUAUAACUGUGCUUAUAAUGCUUCAUAAAAUUGAAAAUGAUCGUAUUUGUAAGAAACUCCAAUAAUGUCCGAUAAAGCAUGUAACAACUGACUGUCAGAGAUCUUUUAAUGUCAUUAUUUUAAGUUUCUUAACUAUUAUCAACUUUAGGAUAUCAUGGAAACAUCAAUUGCAAAGUAAUUACAGAUCAAAGCUGGUGAAAUGGCAAGUGUAGAUGAAAGUUGUCAUUUGUACCAAUGAUCAUAAGAACGCUUAUUUAUUACCAAACCUUUCUAAAUGAAAAAGUGAUUUAAGCAGUGAUAUUGAUGUUACAUCGACCCUGAGCUCAGGUUUCGGUCUAGGUGGUGUUUCGCAUGUUCUCCCAUGGUCGUGUAGGUUUCUUCCAGGUUGUCCGAUACGUGCAACCUCGAAAGAAAAAAAAAACAGGAGGAUUGGCUAUACUAAAUUACCCCUAGUGUGUGAAUGGACUUUCCAAGAUGUUUUCCCACCAUGCAUCUGAACAGGAUUAAGUGAUUACUGAUGGAUGAAUGAAUGAAUUUGUUACUAGUGUUGAUAUAAAUUUUCAAGAUAAUGAUAUUCUACAGUCCCUCCAGGAUUUCGUGAUUUUGCGAUAGCAGAAAUCAAUGCAAAAUCAAGUAAACUCGGCAAUAUUCGGUGGAGCUUGCGAUUUUUCAAAAUUACCUCAGAUUUGGGCCAAGACUGAUUGAGUGUGAUCUCAUCACCACACGCAUUUAGCCAAACCCCUCUUCGAUUCACGUACGUCGAACAUGAGUACAGCUAAAAGGUCUCAUUUACAAACAAACAUCACUGUGAAAGACCGUGCAAAGCAAGUUCACGCGAGUGCAAAUUCUCCAAUUCAAGUAGUUUUCUGAAAAAUUGCAAUUGCAAAUUGUGAAGAAGAAACAAAAACGCAGCUAAAUGAAGCAUUUUGGCCACAACAAUCACAAGAAAAACCAAAAAAAACAAACCACAAAAAAAAAAACGCAGAAAUCCUGUACGGACUGCUUUUAAUGGCAUUAUAAAUGUGCACUCUGCACGUGAUAUUGUGUAAUCACAAUCAGCCACGUCCACAGCUAAGAUAAAUGACAUUUAAGGCUAGCGACAAUAAUUUAAAAGUCCCCGAUAAUAAUAUGGCGUGUUUUCACUUUUACAAUAUAUUGUCAAACUGACUAUCAGAAGUCGUGCUUUUCACAGAUUCAUAAGUCAUAACAAUUUAAUAGUAAUUUAUUCGGGAUGUAUAUGAGUUACUAACAAUGUUAACAAAUAAACUACAAUCACAAGCACAGUCAUGAUGAUUUAUGAAUUCAGUGUUUCAUUUUCUUUAUUGCUGAUAAAAUGUCCUACAAAAAGGAAAAAAAAAAAAAAAAUCAUUGCCGAUCAGUCCCUUAUUCAGUGACCUAGUAAAUCUUUCACUCUAGCCUGAUUGUCUUAAAUCUCUGAGGAAUGUAAUACGAUGACCGCGUCUAUUUUUAUUUCAUGUCGUUGUUGUUAUCGGAAGGAGGAACCAUCCGCCGCGUCUGCAGUCUUUCAGAGAGUGAAAGUCUUACAGUAUUGCUCUUGCUAUUGUAAUAACCGUGAUCGGGGAGGUGUGGCCCGCUCUGUCCAUCGUCCUUCUAAUAUCUCAACGUUUCCGGGACCAAGUCAUACACAACGUGUCGUUUUUCUGUUUGUCAUUUCAGUCAGUCAUCGAUGUUGUCUUUUUCGCCUUUUAUUUUGUACUGGUGCUGAUUAUAUAUAUGUGAUGAAAAAGAUUCUAUACAAAUAUUAUAUAUAUAUAUAAAUAUAUAUAUAUAUAAAUAUAAAUAUAAAUAAAUAAAUAUAUGAGAACGGCUAUAUGUAAAUAUGUUUCUACUGCUUUAAAUACACCAGAAAAUGUGUCUCUACUUUCUGUAAAGAUAUAACUGUUUAAGAUAGAGUAUUUUUAUUUCAUUUUUCCACUUUUAAACUCAUCCGAGCUAUACCAUUGCACUUCAGACAAUGUCUUACUACUAAUGGGUAAUGUAAACUUUCUCUGAUUUUUAUUUCAAAGGGUUUUUUUUGUUUUGUUUUCUCUAGUAGGAUUUCGAGCUGUACCUAAUGCAGUGCUUCUACUUUCUUCCCGUGUACAUAGUUACGAAAAUGUUAACACCAGAGACUUACAAAAAGGAAGAAGGUUUUUUUUUUCCAGAAAAA